UACAUCUACAUACCUAGUUGGCAGCACCAACGUUUUGUUUUUGCGGCUGAAAAAUUGGCUGCUCCGGUGUACGUUUAAUAAAUAAAUAGAAUUUUAUCAAUAAAAUGGGCACAAAACGUCCCAAUACUAGUGUGGUGCUGGCGCAGGAGUCCAAGCGCAGCAAGAGCGAAAUUGUGGCCUACACAAAUCGCGACAAGGCGCUGCUCGAGUCGGGCGUGCGACGUACUUCCAACCUGCAGGCGCCCAUAAUGCAACUAGAGGGACAUGAGGGCGAAAUAUUUACCACAGAAUUUCAUCCUGAAGGCGAAAUGCUGCUCUCCUCGGGCUUCGAUAGACAACUUUACAUCUGGCAGGUUUAUGGCGACUGCGAGAACAUUAUGGCCAUGUCGGGACACAGUGGCGCUGUGAUGGAAGCGCACUUUACACCCGAUGGUUCCCAUAUUUUCACCUGCUCCACAGACAAAACGCUCGCCAUUUGGGACAUUGUUAGCGGGCAACGUGUGCGACGUCUCAAAGGACACACAAACUUUGUGAACAGUGUACAGGGUUCGCGACGUGGUCAGCAACUGCUGUGCUCCGGCAGCGAUGAUCGAACCAUUCGCAUUUGGGAUGCCCGCAAAAAGCAGGCGGCCCAUGUUCUCGAGUCACCUUAUCAGCUGACAGCGGUUUGUUUCGGCGACACUAGCGAACAAGUAAUCAGCGGCGGCAUUGAUAAUGAGCUCAAGAUUUGGGAUAUACGCAAAAAUCAGGUGUUGCAUCAUCUGCGUGGCCACACAGACACCAUUACAAGUGUGGCGCUUUCCCCUGAAGGUGACUUUGUUUUGACCAAUGCCAUGGACAACACGUUGCGUGUGUGGGAUGUGCGUCCUUAUGCCCCAGGGGAACGCUGCGUCAAAGUCUUCCAGGGACAUCAGCAUAACUUUGAGAAGAAUCUUUUGCGUUGCGCCUGGUCACCGGGUGGCGAUAAAAUCAGCGCUGGAUCAGCGGAUCGUCAUGUCUACGUUUGGGAUGUGAAUACGAGGCGUAUUCUUUAUAAGCUGCCGGGACACAAUGGCAGCGUAAACGACGUCGAUUUUAGUCCUCGAGAGCCUUUAAUAUUGUCCGCCUCUAGCGAUAAGACGCUGUAUCUGGGUGAAAUUGAAGAUUAGCCGAGUGUGGCACAAAUAAAUAGGGAAUCGAAAAUAAUAAUAACAAUUGUUUUAAUUAAAUAACGAAAAUCAGACACUUGAAACCGUCUUCAACCAAAAUUAUCUAGACCAAAAUCAGGCUUUUUGAUUUAAAAUUUAUAAUUAUAUUAAUUAAUUUUUCUUAACAUUUAUUAUUAUAAUUUUUAUAUUUUCGCUGAAAACAAUAUUGAGGAAUAAAUAAGGGUACUCGAUUUUGCAUUACACCAAUAUAUUUCAGUUGACUCUUUAAUUUAUGAUAAAUAUUAGUUGCAUUUUUGUUACUCAAAUCAAAUUAUUAGUCUACAAAUAUAUUGAAAAUUAAAAUACAA